CUCCCGUGCCGCGGAACCUCCGUGCGCGGCGUGAGGAGCCGGGCGGGUUGGACAGUGCGGCGGCACGAUGAGCACGAAGCAGGUGACGUGCAGGUAUUUCUUGCAGGGCGUGUGUCGGGAGGGCAGCAAGUGCCUGUUCUCCCAUGACCUGGCCACCAGCAAAUCCUCCACCAUCUGCAAGUACUACCAGAAGGGGCAGUGUGCCUACGGCUCCCGCUGCAGGUAUGACCACGUGAGGCUCCCUCCGGGCGGAGCCGCGGCCCCGCCGCCCCCCGCGGCCCCGGGCAGCCCCCGGGCGCCCCCCGAGCCCGGCCCCGGCGCCCCGCGCAGCAGGAGGGAGAAGAGGACGCUGGUGCUGCGGGACAGGAAGCUGUGCGGCUCCAGCCGGGAGCAGGCGGCGCCCGGGGCCGUGCCGGGCUGCCCCGAGCCCGCCGAUGCCGAUGCCGAGGAGGCCAAGCCGCACUCGUACCUCGAGGCCAUCUGCAGCGGCCUGGAGGAGGCGGCGCCCGCCGGCUCCCCCUGCAGCCCGGCCCAGCAGCUGUGUCCCUACGCCGCCGCCGGCGCCUGCCACUUCGGGGAGCGCUGCCUCUACCUGCACGGGCAGCUCUGCGAGAUCUGCGGCCUCCAGGUGCUGCACCCCUUCGACCAGGAGCAGAGGAAAGCCCACGAGAUGAUGUGCAUGGCAACCUUUGAGCACGACAUGGAGAGGGCCUUUGCCAUCCAGGCCAGCCAGGACAAGGUGUGCAGCAUCUGCAUGGAGGUGGUCUAUGAGAAGGCCUCGGCCUCGGAGAGGAGGUUUGGGAUCCUGUCCAACUGCACCCACACCUACUGCCUGUCCUGCAUCCGCCAGUGGAGGUGUGCCAAGCAGUUUGAGAACCCCAUCAUCAAGUCCUGCCCCGAGUGCCGCGUCAUCUCCGAGUUUGUCAUCCCCAGCGUGUACUGGGUGGAAGAGCAGGAGAAGAAGAAUGAGCUGAUUGAAGCUUUCAAGCAGGGAGUGGGGAAAAAGCCCUGCAAGUACUUUGAGCAAGGCAAAGGGACGUGUCCCUUUGGGGGCAAGUGUCUGUACCUGCACGCCUACCCCGACGGCACCCGCGCCGAGCCCGAGAAACCCAGGAAGCAGCUGAGCUCCGAGGGCACUGUCAGGUUCUUCAAUUCCGUGCGCCUGUGGGAUUUCAUCGAGGACAGGGAGAGCCGCAGCGCGCCCGACGCCGAGGUGACGGAGCUGGGGGAGCUCUUCAUGCACCUCUCUGGGGCUGAGGAGGAGCCCAGCGAGCACCCAGAGCUCCUCUGAGCCCCCAGUGCUGCUGCCUCCCAGCCAUGCUUUUAUCUCUCCAGCACAGGUAGAACAAAACGUGCCCUGCUGGUUACUUGUGCAGUCCUGGUCGAGUUUUCAGAUAGUUUUUAUAUGGCAACAACAACAACAACAACAAAAACUAAAAUAUAUUUAAAAGAAAAAAAUAAUUGGCUGCAUGGAAAAAAAUCCCUUAAUCCCAGGAGGGUUUUCUCCCUCUCUGGCCUGACAUCUGCUGUCUUGUGAGCUGAGUGGUAGUGUAAAUACAGGUCCAGUGAAAGCUUCAGCUGGUAAAAACUGUUGCUAAUUAGAGUUUGGGUGCUUUUGGGUUUUUUUCUCCACUAAAUCAGCUAAAUGUAAAACUACAAAACCCACUGGGAAUAAUGGGCAGUGUAGGGUUUUCUCCUUAAGAAGGAGCUGGUAAUGAUGCCUGAGGUAGUAGCUGGAGUUCAGAGUGGAGGCUGGUGGAUUCUCUGGGCAGGCCUGGCUCCCCAGGUGCUGCCAGCCCUGUUUGACACUAAUUACAGUGUAAUGAGCCUGUUUCACAGCAAUCCCAGUGUAAUCAGCCUGUUUCACAGCAAUCCCAGUGUAAUCAGCCUGUUUCCCACCAAUCCCAGUGCUCAGAGGCAGCAGUGGCUCCUGCUGCCCAGGCAAUGCAGCUGCACAGAUUCCUGCACUCCCUGGAGCUGCAGCAGAGAGGAGUGAGGUGUUCUCAGAGCCUCCACUCCCCUUUGCCCCAGCAAGGCCCAGGAGGGCUGAGGGAUUCAUGCACAUCUCUGCUGAGGUAACAGAACUGGUACUGAAUUCUGGCUUUGUUACAAAUGUGAUUUCUGUUGGUGUGGCAGUUGGAUUGUGAAAUCUGGGAGCAGAAGUUAAUUCUGCCAAGUCAACUGCUCUAACUUGGAAUUUAAACCAACAAUUCAGUGAGCACUGCAGUGGCUGCUGAGUAACAACAGCAUGGACACAGCUGAGCAGGAGCUGUCACUGACUCAGCCCCUGGAACAUCACUGGGCCCUGUUUGCAAACACCAACAGAGAUGUGGGGUUUGUUUUACAGCACCUGGGCUGCAAUGGAAGGCAGGUGUGUAACUGGUUUGGUUGUUAUCUAUAGCAACAGAAAAGCAUAAAAAUAAUACUUAAAAUGUGUAAGAAAGAAAGGCCAAGGGCAGAAAGGUUUGUAAUCAGUGACUGAUCACAGCCUUGAGCCACCAGGGGUGGGAAAUGAUGAAGCAAAAUGUGUUCAGAGAGACCUGGGCACACAGGGCCAGCCUGGGGGUGGCAGCAGGCUCUGGGUCCCUGCUGGGAGGGAGCAGCAGGAACCUCAGCCUGGGACUCCAACAUCCCAGCUGGCACCAGAGCAGUGAUCCAGGCUGAUCCUUUCAGCUGCUGUUGGCAUUGCUGGCCCAGGAGCUCCUCCCCUCUGCUCUCAGCUGGGAAUUGAACCCCCCAUCAUUUCCCCCUGCAGGUGAUUUUGGGCAGUGCUCACUGCACAGCCAGGUCUGCCCUUGCAGUGGCUGCAACAUCAUCAAUUCCCUCCCUUGGUAAAACUGGCCCAGCAAGGGGCUGAAGUCCAAUCAGUGCAAUUGGGCAGCACUAAUUACAAAGCAGAAGAUGAAUUAGCCCUGAGAGGGGAUGUCACACACCCACAGCAAUGGGUCAAGGACACCCAAACACCCCUUGUACCCCAGAACACAUCCCCAGCCCUCACCCUCCCACUCAAGCUCAUUUCCAUCUGCUCCUGCACAUGUAUUUUUUUUCCCCCCAGAAAGAAUUAGUCAGGAAUACACUUAAAAAAAAAAAUCAAUGGAGAGGAUGUUCUUUACCCUAAACAGGACAUUCCUGAUUUACUUUGCCCCAAGAAGCCAUGAGGGAUAGUCUGAAAUUAAAACCAUGACUUGUUUUUCCAAGCUACCAGGGACUUGCCAUGUCUGAGUUUCUAAGUUCUUCACUCAGCACCUUUCAUUGAACUGGACAUCAGUGCUGGUUAAAAUAAACCUAUUUAUCCAAAAUCCUUCAUUUUUUCAAGAGACACAUGAUCUGGUUUAAAAAUCACAGCUUAAUGGUUUCUUUUGGGAAAUCAGAGUUAAAGUAAAAGCAGCUUACCUCUUGUGGGUGUUUUCCUUCCAUGUUUUAAGCUUAUUAUAAUGAAGUGACAAUUAGAGAGAAAUUAUGUUUAGAGAGAGUUGCAGUCCAAAUCCAAUCAUAUUGUUAAAAACCAUGCAGAACUAUCUGGAGACUUCAAGUCUCAGUUUGCUGUUCAGGAAGCAAAGCUCACAGGCACUCUCAGUUUAUCAUCAGCCAGGGAUUCACAUCCUGCCCUUGGCCUGUUCCAGAACAUUCUGAGGAUGAGCUGGAGCUGGUGCCUGGCUCUGGAUCUCCCUUUCAGGAGCUCUGUGGGUGCUGCUGCUGCAGAGCAGAGGCUGCAGGGGCUGCUGGGGCAUUCCAGGGACUGUCCCAGUCCCCAGCAAAGGCCGCAGCUCUGCCCAGAGCUUUGGGGUGCAGAGGGCACAGCCAGCCCUGGCCCCACUCCCUGACCCCCAGUAAGGCAAAAUCCCAAUUGGGCUCCCUAAUAACCACAUUUCACCAACUGCUCCUGGAAAAAAUCCAUUUUUAGAUUCACCCACCUGUUGCUGUCCUCCAUGGAGUUCAGCCCACACAAAAACCUCCCUUGCACCUCAGUAAAGAAGAGAAAAUGGAGCCCAAGUGGGGCAGGGCAGGGGGUGUCCAAAGCUGCUGCUGCUCAAAGAUCACUACAGAAACUGUUGGCAUGUGACUGGAAAUGUAGAGGGUGUUUUAUCAAGUGUGGUUUUACUUGCACUGCUGUUAUUUAUCAGUUACUUUUUAAAAACUAUUCAGAAUGUCAUUUCUUGAGUUUUCCAAAUGUCCCACUCAGAACUGUGGCUGACUACAUUAAAAUGAUGACAUUGAAUCUUAAACCUAAAAUUUAAUUUAUUUUAUUAAAAUAAGAUAAUCAGAGGAA